AUGAAGACAUCCCAGUUCCUCUCGCUACUUCUGCUGGCGGGCAUCGCCCAAGCCAUUGUUCCUCCUCGUGAGCCUCGUCCACCAACCGGUGGCGGCAACAAGCUGUUGACCUACAAGGAGUGUGUCCCUAGAGCUACUAUCUCUCCAAGGUCGACGUCCCUUGCCUGGAUUAACAGUGAUGAAGAUGGCCAGUACAUCUCCCAGUCUGACGAUGGAGCAUUGAUCCUCCAGAAUAUCGUCACGAACACCAACAAGACUCUCGUUGCCGCAGACAAGGUACCCAAGGGUUACUACGACUACUGGUUCAAGCCAGACCUUUCCGCUGUCUUAUGGGCGACCAACUACACCAAGCAGUACCGUCACUCUUACUUUGCCAACUACUUCAUUCUGGACAUUGAGAAGGGUUCGUUGACCCCCCUAUCCCAGGACCAGGCUGGUGACAUCCAGUAUGCUCAAUGGAGCCCUAUGGACAACUCUAUCGCCUAUGUCCGUGGAAACGACCUGUAUAUCUGGAACAACGGCAAGACCAAGCGUAUUACCGAAAAUGGCGGCCCGGACAUCUUCAAUGGUGUCCCUGACUGGGUAUACGAGGAAGAAAUCUUCGGAGACCGGUUCGCUCUUUGGUUCUCACCUGACGGUGAAUACCUUGCCUACCUCCGCUUCAACGAGACUGGAGUCCCAACCUACACUAUUCCGUACUACAAGAACAAGCAAAAGAUCGCCCCUGCCUACCCAAGGGAACUGGAGAUCCGCUACCCUAAAGUCUCUGCGAAGAACCCAACCGUGCAAUUCCACUUGUUAAACAUUGCUUCAUCCCAGGAGACCACUAUCCCAGUUACUGCGUUCCCGGAAAACGACCUUGUGAUUGGUGAGGUUGCUUGGCUCAGCAGUGGCCACGAUAGUGUAGCAUACCGUGCCUUCAACCGUGUCCAGGAUAGAGAAAAGAUUGUCAGCGUCAAGGUCGAGUCAAAGGAGUCCAAGGUUAUUCGCGAAAGAGAUGGCACCGACGGCUGGAUCGACAACCUUCUGUCUAUGUCAUAUAUCGGAGAUGUUAACGGCAAGGAGUACUACGUCGAUAUCUCUGAUGCUUCUGGCUGGGCACAUAUUUACCUCUACCCGGUUGAUGGAGGAAAGGAGAUUGCACUAACAACGGGAGAAUGGGAAGUCGUUGCCAUUCUCAAGGUUGACACGAAGAAGAAGCUGAUCUACUUCACCUCCACCAAAUAUCACAGCACCACCCGACACGUCUACUCUGUCUCGUAUGACACAAAGGUCAUGACCCCUCUCGUCAACGAUAAGGAGGCUGCGUACUACACUGCAUCCUUCUCGGCCAAGGGUGGCUACUAUAUCCUGUCCUACCAAGGCCCAAAUGUUCCAUACCAAGAACUCUACUCCACCAAGGACAGUAAGAAGCCUCUCAAGACGAUCACUAGCAAUGAUGCAUUGCUUGAGAAGCUGAAGGAGUACAAGCUCCCCAAGGUUAGCUUCUUUGAGAUCAAGCUUCCAUCUGGUGAAACCCUCAAUGUUAAGCAACGCCUGCCACCUAACUUCAACCCACACAAGAAGUACCCUGUCCUCUUCACUCCGUAUGGUGGCCCUGGCGCCCAAGAGGUCAGCCAAGCAUGGAAUUCAUUGGAUUUCAAAUCCUACAUCACAUCCGACCCUGAGCUUGAAUACGUUACCUGGACUGUCGACAACCGUGGAACCGGCUACAAGGGCCGCAAGUUCCGCAGCGCCGUGGCUAAGCGUCUCGGUUUCCUCGAACCCCAGGACCAGGUCUUUGCUGCCAAGGAGCUGCUAAAAAACCGUUGGGCUGAUAAGGACCAUAUUGGAAUCUGGGGAUGGAGCUAUGGCGGUUUCUUGACCGCUAAGACCCUCGAAACUGACAGUGGUGUAUUCACUUUUGGCAUCAGUACUGCUCCUGUCUCCGAUUUCAGACUCUACGACAGCAUGUACACUGAGCGUUAUAUGAAGACCGUUGAACUAAACGCUGACGGCUACAGUGAGACUGCCGUGCACAAGGUUGAUGGCUUUAAGAACCUCAAGGGUCAUUAUCUCAUCCAGCAUGGAACCGGUGACGACAACGUCCACUUCCAAAACGCUGCUGUCCUUUCCAACACCUUGAUGAACGGCGGUGUAACUGCAGACAAGUUGACUACUCAGUGGUUUACUGACUCGGACCACGGCAUCAGAUACGAUAUGGACUCCACUUACCAGUACAAGCAGCUGGCUAAGAUGGUCUACGACCAGAAACAACGAAAGCCAGAACGCCCACCAAUGCACCAGUGGAGCAAGAGAGUUUUAGCCGCCUUGUUCGGUGAGAGGGCUGAGGAAUGA